AUGGCGCCUCUUAUUCUUCAUAAUGUUCCCGAUGACGAAUGUUAUGUUGGCGAUGAUGGCGUCAAGCGUCCCUAUGCCAUGAUUUUCAACCAACCAGACGCACACACAGGAACCACCCGAUCGCGGCGAAAUGUUGGCGAGUCUGGCUCCUUCGGAAAAUCGACACGUCGAUCCCGAUCACGCACCGGCACCCCAGCGCAACGCGGCCGCGAGAACAAAACUCUAGUCGCUGCCGAUAAGCUCUUCGGUGACUGGGUGGCAGGCCACCAAGCCAGCGCCUCGGCGACACAGCAGAGAGAUAGUGCCCAGCAACAGCAGGAUGACUCGCAAGGGUCCCAGGCAUCGCAACAGCAGCAGCAACAGCAGCAGCAGCUCCAGACGAAAGCCUCCCAGCCCGUCGAGAUUAUGCUUCGUGGCUACCGAUCAUCUACACAACAAUACGCCGCCAUUUCGCAUUUCGAGUCGCUUGCUGGUACCAUCCUCGAGGACUACCCUCGUGAGCCACCCCCAUCACAGCGACGCUACAAGUCUCAGCUCCGGGACUCUGCAUUCAGGAGACAGCGAACUCUGAAUGCAGAGGAGCGGAUGAAAGUCAACCGCGUUGAUGGAGGUGAACAUUGGAUCAAGGUUACAUUCGAGAGCGCCCAGGCUGCGGAUGCUGCCAUCUACGCAAGCCCACAGCGCAUCUUGGGUCACCUUGUUUACGCCGAGCCAUACAAGGGGAUGCCACCUCCCAAGGACGAACCGAUUCCAGACCUUGAUAGCUUGUUCGGAGGAGAGCAUGAACGAUCAAAGAGCAUGCCCGCGGCCUUUGGUCAGCCUAGGAGAAAGAGCGUUACCAGCUUCCCCACGUCCUUUAACAGCCGUCUUGUUGAUCUGAACAACUCGCCACCCCAGUCCCUGGACUCAAGCCAAACCCUCGAGACCGGUACGCUCUCGAGCGGCACAGUCAUCGAAUCCACCCCAGCUGUAUUUGGAGACUCUGGGGCUGCGUCCUCCAGCAUCGAGCCAUUGAUUGUGGAAGACAGCGUCUUCUGCCGCAGCAUCCCUACAGCCCGCCGCGCAGUCCUCCUCCCUGCCGAGCAGGCCCUCAAGCCCCAGAAGUCAGUGACCCAGCGCGUCGUGAGCGCAAUUCCUUUUAUCAACUGGUUUAGCGGCAGCAUCAUUGGCAACGAAGUCCCUCGAACAGAAACGGGCGACUUUGAUUGGAAUAAAGCAAGCCUGUACUGGAAGAUUAUCUGGUGGCUCGAUUCCACUUUCGGUCUCUUCCGAGGCGACAUUUCUAGCAUCGACAAGGACGAAUAA